AUGAAGAUGCUGAUGUGUGACCGCGGCGUCCAGAUGCUGGUGACGACGGUGGGCGCGUUCGCCGCCUUCAGCCUCAUGACCAUCGCCGUCGGGACCGACUACUGGCUGUACUCGCGCGGGGUCUGCCGCACGAAGAACAGCGGCGACAACGACACGAGCCGCAAGAACGAGGAGGUGAUGACGCACUCCGGCCUCUGGCGGACCUGCUGUCUGGAAGGAACAUUCAGAGGUGUGUGUAAGAAGAUUGAUCACUUCCCGGAGGACGCGGACUAUGAAGCAGAUGCUGCUGAGUACCUCCUACGUGCUGUGCGAGCCUCCAGUAUCUUCCCCAUCAUGAGCGUGGGGCUGCUGUUCCUUGGAGGACUCUGUGUGGCCGCCAGUGAGUUUUACCGGAGCCGACACAACGUCAUCCUCAGCGCAGGAAUCUUCUUCGUCUCUGCAGGUCUCAGUAACAUCAUAGGGAUUAUAGUCUACAUCUCCGCCAACUCGGGUGACCCGGGUCAGAGCGACAGCAAGAAGUCCUACUCCUACGGCUGGUCUUUCUACUUUGGCGCCCUCUCCUUCAUCAUGGCAGAGAUGGUGGGCGUGCUGGCCGUGCACAUGUUCAUCGAGAAGCACCGCAAGCAGCGGGCCAAGUCCCGCACCGAGCUCAUCAAGAAGUCCGCCUUCAGCCGCAUCCCGUCCUACCGCUACCGCUUCCGGCGUCGCUCCAGCGUGCGUUCCUCCGAGGCCCCGAGCCGCGACACCUCACCGCUGGGGAAAGGCGGCUACACGGGGCCCGCCGCCUCCGAGAUGCCCAUGUACACGCUGAACCCACGCGAGGCGGGCAACGCCGGCACCAAACCCGGAAGCGGCAUGGGCGGGCUGCUCAACUCGGAGAGGGAGUUCCUCCAGAGCAGCACGCUCACCAAAGACUACAGCAAGGACCCCAACCGCAGGACCACGCCCGUCUGA